ACAAGAAAAUAUCAGAUGAAGAUCAAUCACAAUCUAUCUACCACAAAAGAAACGCACCAGAUGAAGAAAAUAUCUAUAACAAUCAAAACAGCUCCGAAACUAAAAUAGGAUAGUUCGCGAUUUCAUCUCGCAAAUUAUAAAUUUUUUUUGAAACCCAGAUCUGGGUUUGUCUGAAACCCAGAUCUGGGUUUCAAAGAGGAAGAUCUCUCCUCUCCCGUUGUUGGUUCAGUAGGCCUGAGAAAACCCAGAUCUCUCCUCUCCCUUCUCUUCUGGUAAACGGAUAUAUUCUGCUUUUCUCGUCCACUGCUCCACAACCACCUCCGGCACGAGUUCUACAACUAGGAACCCUCGCUCUUCUUCCUCCACCUCUAAUACUUCCGGCCGCGAGGCCAUCCGCGCCAUCCGCCUCAAGAAGGUACCGGAUAUUAAUCUCUCUUCAAUGUCUCUACAGGCUUGCUGGUUCAGGGGCCUAAGAAAACCCAAAUCUGGGUGUAGGGACGGCAGAGUGCGCGGCGGUUUGCUGCUGUUGUUCCUGCACGGUGAUGGAGCUACUGGUGUUGGGGUUCUGCAAGGUACCUACGAGGGCUGUGCAAGAAGGCGUGGAAGAAGAGGAAACGUCGACAAAUCCUGAAGAUGAAGAAGCAAGGGGUGAUGGGGGAGGAAAUAGGAAGGAGCUGGAUGCGAAGGCAAAUCAGGUGGCGACGAAGAGCCAACUUGGCAUUUCGGAGGUGGUGGCAGGGGGUGAUGGGGGGAGGAAACCUAGAUCUGGGUUUGAGAGAGAACCCAGAUCUGGGUUUGCAGAGUUAAGGGAAAAGGCAAGGUAAAGGAGAAGGAGUGAAAGAGGAAGACAAGAUGAAUCGGAUGAAAAAAUAUAUAUCAUUAAUUUUA